AUGGCGCUCGGGCCCCUGGUGGGUUCGGUCGGUAUCAUAGCGGCAGUCGCCCUUCUGCUAUCCCGGGAGACAGGCUAUCAGAGGCCUGAGCGCUUCGUCAUUGUGACAUCGCCAGGGACUCGAAACGUCCUUUGGGCACCAUUGCCCAAAUUCCACGAUUUGACUUUGAAGGACCGGCCGAUUCCAGAUGCUCAGAUUCUCAUUGAUGGAGCUGCAAGCAAGUGCUCUGGUUGGGCCUGCAUAGAGACCUCCAAUCAUGGCUUGGAGGAGCCAGCAGGGCUCGCGCUGUAUCAGAAAGCUGGUGGCAAGGCAUGGCUCUACGUCUCCGAUCCCAAAGUUGGCUUCUUGUACAGGUAUGAAGUCACCAGCACCUGGCGUAAUACGCUGGAGGCUGGGCCGCAAGAGCUUGUGGCCAGCAACCUCAAGGACGCCGCAUACUGGCUGGCUGUGGAUGGCUUUGGCAACAUUUUCUAUACCGAUGCGGAGGCGGGCACCGUCUCGAUGAUCAAAGCAGAGGAUGUCUCCAAGAGCGUUCCGCAGGGCAGGACUGUUCUAAGCUCUGAGAAGAUGGAGAAGGUGGCUGGCCCAGCAGGGAUUGCCACGGAUUCCACCGCCUUGUACUGGGCCAACCUGAAGGGGGAUAGAUCCACUGGCACCUUGGUUCAAGCUCGAGUUGAAGGCUCAGGAAACCAUUCUGCCAGUAUUUUGGCGGGGAACCAGGACAUGUACCAGGCAGUUGUGAAAGAUGUAUGCCUUGCCGGUGACAAUGUCUUCUUCACCGGUGAUGGCCAAUCCCUUUUUGCCGUCAAGGCCGAUGGCUCCAGUGAUGUCACGGAAGUGGCCAAGUUGGAACAACCCAAGGGCUGCACCUUUGAUCAGGAGACCACGCUUUUUGUGGCGGACCAGGGCAGCAACGGCAUUUACUCCUUGCCGGCGAACAUGAACCAGCUCCGGAGGGCAAGCCAUGUGGACAAGGUGGCUUCAGUGAGAGGCCCGCAUCAGAUUGCCAUGUUCUUCGGUCCGUCUUCCAACAAGUUUCUGCAGCAGCUUGCUGGUUAG